GGAGGCGCAGUUAGUUCACACCACUGCCGCUCGCAAAUUUGCUCUCAUUUUUCUCCCAUCAGAAACCCGAAUGUAGAACCGAAGAAAUAAUUGUUUUUUUUUUUUUCACCUGCUCGCGUACAGGUAGGCCUACCAAAGUGCGACCAAAGAUCAAGUGCAACCAAAGUUUCCACUUGGAUAGGGCUGCCACAAGCGCACCCGCAGUUCUACACAGCCGCGACAACUCAAGGUGAAUGCUGCCAUGCCAUUUGGGUGCCUUGCCCUGCGAGAUGGGCGGACUUACAACAGCAUAUCUGAUGUCACUGACAAGUAUGAGAUUGGACAGGUCCUCCGAGCGAAGGAGUUCUGUGAGCUGUGCCUGGCGAAGGACAGACAGACGGAAAAGGUGUUUGUCUGUAAGAAAUUCCUGAAGAAAGAUGGCAGGAAAGUCCGCAAGGCUGCCAAGAACGAGAUCAUGAUCCUGAAAAUGGUCAAUCACCCAAACAUCCUCCAGCUGAUAGACACAUUUGAGACCCGGAAAGAAUACUUCAUUAUCCAGGAACUUGCCACAGGAGGAGAUGUAUUUGACUGGAUUCUGGACCAAGGGAACUACACAGAGAGGGAUGCCUCCAAUGUUAUCAGACAAGUCCUGGAGGCUGUGGCGUACUUACACUCCCUCAACAUAGUUCACAGGAACCUGAAGCUGGAGAACCUGAUGUAUUACACAGAAAACAACCAUAACAAAGUGGUUCUGCGAGACUUCUACCUGUCCAAGUUUGAGAACGGUUCUAUCACAGAGCCUUGUGGAACACCAGAAUACCUUGCUCCUGAGGUGGUGGCUCGCCACCGGUAUGGUCGUCCUGUGGACUGUUGGGCUGUGGGUGUCAUUAUGUACAUCCUCCUAUCAGGCAACCCCCCUUUCUAUGAUGAGACGGAGGAGGAGAACACAGAUUUACAUAAUCGCAUCAUAUUCUGUCGCAUUGUUGCUGGAGAGUUUGAGUUUGAUUCCCCAUACUGGGAUGACAUUUCACCUGCAGCUAAAGAGCUUGUGUGUCGACUUAUGGACGUUGACCAAAUGCUGAGAAUCACAGCGCAAGAUGCACUUUGGCAUGAGUGGAUUGCAGGGAAUGGUGCGUCAGAGAAGAACCUAAAAGACGGUGUGUGUGCCCAGUUUGAAAAGAACUUUGCUAAGGCCAAAUGGCGGGAGUUGAAGAAAGCAAUCCGUGUCACCACUUUCAUGCAACGACUGAGGAAUUCAGAGGCGCUGAUUGACAAUUCAACGGAGGUACAGCGGGGUGAAGAGGGAGGAGGAGGGGAAGAAGGGGGUGAGGCCCAGGGGACGAAGGGUGAGACUGAGGGAGUAACUGGAGCGAGUGACGGAGGGAUGACACCAAGCAGUGUGUCAUUAGAAGUGACUGUUGAAAAUAGACCAGCAGGUGUGGACCAGGAGGAGGGAAGGAAUAAGGCAGAAGGAAUGAAAGCAGAAGAAGAGUCAAGAGGGUGUGUGGGGCCAUCUGUAGGCAUUUCCCCAUCAGACACUAAAGAGCCUCUCUCUCAAUACACCCAGCCAAAUGCAGCCCCAAAACCUGCAGAGGCAGAACCAGAUAAGGUUGGGGCAAAGAAAGCAGUAGGUGAUGGAACUAGGAAAAUAGCUGCCAAUUUGGGUCAAAAUAAACUCCCUCCAGAAUUCAAACCAACCCCAGUGGUGACGACUGAAUCGUCCAAGGUGCCAGACCCUGCCUCAGUUCCUAAUGUUGAAAAGAAACACACAUCCGGCUCCCCUGAUACCAGCACCAGCAAACGUAAGAUGGCUGCAACACUCCAUGGCCCUCCAUCCACCACCACCUCCACUGUAGCCAUCCCAUCUGAGAAGAAGCCAGCUGCUCAAGGGGAGGAAAAGGAUGAGAGUGACGGGAGCUGGUGUCAGACCCAGCUCCCUGAGGCAGUGGCAGAGAGGCCUGCCGGGGUGUCACCUGCACCAGUGGUGAGCACUGGGGUUGGGGUUGGAGUGGAUGUAGGACUAGGGGUAAGGCUGAGAAGUGAUGGUAGCCCCAUGGUUAGAAGGGAUAGGGAUAUCAGGAGAACAGACAGGUACAGUGCUGAGUUUAGCAUAGCCAGGGGAGGCCCCACAACAGGACAGGGCUGUUACACAGUAGGCAGCUCAGCUAGUUUGGGCCGACAUGCCACACCUUACAACCCAGAUGUUGGGGCUGUAGGGCUCGGUGUGGCCGGCAGCUAUGGGGGUCCAUACAGCUCCCUGUAUGGGAGUGGAGGAGGGGUGGGGAUGUAUGGGACCGGGCUGGAGCACGGUGGGGGUGGGAGCAGCACCACGAGCGACUGGCAAAUGGACAGCGUGAUCGAGCAGAUUGAGAAACAAAUGGCUGCCGUGCUGGAGAAGAUUGAGGGGGACAUGCCCUCGCUGCUGGAGCAAAUCAGUGACUGCCCCCCUGAGCCGCCACGUGCCCGGAGCACACACGCCUCACCUGCCACCUCCCGCACACGCGCCUCACACCACACCUCAACCGCCGCCCCAUCAACCACUCCUCCGCCUCUUCCUACCUCACCCAGGCCCCCACUGCCUACUCUCCCUCACCUCUCCAUCCCUCCUCCCUCCUACCCUCCACCUUCCCCGCCCACACAGGCCUCAGCACCAGCCGUGGCAGAGCAAGAGGACAAGGAUGGACAGAGAGCAGCUGCUCGCUCCUGCCAGUCACCCAGAGCUGGGAUGGGCAGGGGGCUAUGAAGCAGAUAUGAAUGAGGCGACAUACGGCAUCUUGAACAUCUGAUUUAUUUACAGUUUAAACUUGAGAGUAUACAGACACUGCCUCACCCAGAAAUAUAUGAGUGAACCCACUUGAUCACGAGACAAAAUGUAACCAUGCCAUGUUGUUUGGAUUGGCUGUGUAUUCAUGAUGAGAUGACAGUUUAUAGUCUCUCAAGAGAUCUGCCUAUGGAAUCCAAACACCCCCUUGACUGCAGGGGGAAUAGCUGCUGUAUCUCGCUGUAACACAGUUGUCAUCAUGAGAAUUAUUUUGAACAGUUUGCACAACUGAAAUGCGCACAUGACCUACUCAUACAGGAAUCCAAACACUGCAUGGUUUACAAAUAUUGAAUCUACAGGACAAGAAAGAGUGUGAUAUGACCCUCAGCUAUCAAGAAGUAUUUUUUACAGUGAGCAGCUGAGAAUUAUGAAUUCCCUUAUCCCCUAUAGACUGUAAAUAAACACAAAUGGAGUCCGCAUCCUUUGUCUAUAUUCCCAUGUGGUUAACGGCCCCACAACCAAACUACUAUUUACUUAUGUCAGAUCAGUUAAUCCCGUCUUUAUUUUUGAUCUUUUUUAUUUAUGUAGCCACUCACUCCAUAGUGACACUGUAUAAUCAUGAGCUCUAAGUCAUUACACGAUUGUACAGCAGUAAGUGAAACUGAACUGUUUGAGUGAAAGCCUUGCCAUUGGCUACAGGAGAUUUGUUUUGUUUUAUUGUGUAUUUAGUAAUCUUGUAUUGUCACUCAAAGUCUUGUGAGAUGCUCCACACCUGUAAGAAAGCUGGGGAGAGAUCUAUAUAUUUACAUACAAGAUACUGUAUGCAGGCUUUGUUUGCAAUAUUCACACACACACACACACACACACACACACACACACACACACACACAUGCACGCACGCACGCGCAUGCACACACAUGCACACACACACACACACACACACAUUUAUUAUUCUUCUGGCUUUGUCAGAAACAUUUCCCCAGAAGGUUUGUUUUCAUUUUCCUUGAAUUUUGUUGAUGCAUUCAGCUGGUAUUGUUAAUUGGACAGUACUGUCUAUUUGCUCCUCUCCGCUUCAAGCGUGAAAAAAAAAAUGUCUUUCUGAAUUUCAUUCUGCUUUUGGAUCUAUGUGACACAGGUUAUGUACUUUUCUCCUGAACAAGUGUAGACAUCCACUAUCCCUGUGUCCCUCUGUAAGUGCUCUGUCUGCAAGUCUUUCAAUAAAAGUA